UUUCAGAUGCCUUUGUACAAGCUCACCUACUUCGACGCCCGCGGUUACGCUGAGCCAGCUCGUAUUCUAUUCCAUCUUGCCGGAGUCCCAUUUGAGGAUAACCGUCUCACUCACGGAGAUGGAUCCUGGGAAAAGAUUAAAGACAAAACCCCAUUCGGACAAGUCCCGGUCCUGUCUGUCGAUGGAUUUGACAUCCCACAAUCUGCUGCAAUCAUCCGCUACCUUGCCAAUAAAUUUGGUUAUGCUGGAAAAACACCAGAGGAGCAGGCUUGGGCUGACGCUAUCGUCGAUCAAUUCAAGGAUUUCAUGGGAGCAUUCAGACAGCUCAUCAUGGCUCAACGCUCCGGAAAGCCUGCCGAAGAGAUCGCAAAAAUAUCGUCAGAAGUCGCCAUUCCAGCUAGAGAUUCGUACUUUAAGAUUCUCAAUGGGCUUCUUGAGAAGAGUAAGUCUGGAUUCCUAGUUGGAGAUGGUCUCACUUUCGCCGAUAUUGUUGUCGUGGAGAACUUGACUACGUUGGAGAAGAACCAAUUCUUCACCGCAUCGGAGCAUCCAAAGUUGUCAGCUCUCAGAGAGAAGGUCCACGCAGUUCCAGCCAUCAAGACCUGGGUCGCCACUCGUCCAGAUACUCAAUUCUAAAUUUGAUCUGAUUUUGGAAUUGUUUCUUUAAUCCUUAUUAACCGAAUAAAAUAUUUUUGAUAUUCA